AAUAGUUCUCUCCAAGCCUCAGGACGGUAUAUCAGGCCCUCUUUCUUCGCCUGUUGGUCGUUCCCUUGUCUUGUUGUCGGCCCUUCUUUUAUUUUGCAAACGACAAUAGGUGCUCCUGGUUGACACCUGUUUGACGAUACGAUCUUUAUACCUUUUGUUUCUAAACGUGCGAAUAAUACGGCGACGUCAGUCUUGAACCAACAGUAGUCAAGAUGAAGAUCAACCCCGCUCCUUUCCACUUGGCCCAGGCCGUCAUCACGGGGCUCGUCGUUGUGCUCAGCAUCGCUAUUCUCGGUACUUCGGCGUGGACUCUCGAUGUCUUCAACAAGCAACAUCUUUCCAACCCGUGGUGGGUACCCAUGUGGCCACAGCAUUUUGACGUGCAGGGAACCAAGGCGCUGGUUGCAUCGGCGGUUGUAACUCUGGUUCUCUGCGGUGCUUUCUUGAUCGCAUCGUUUGUCCCUCAGUUGGCUCUUCGUCAAAAAUACACUCUUCGCGCUCUCCUUUCUCUGGCAACCCUGCUCCCUACUUUUCUUCUCACUCUUAUUACCACUGUCUGGGCACAUAUACUCAAUGGCAACGCGCCUGAUGUCGACACGAUCCAGACGUGGACAUGCAGGAUGGCAAACUCGCAUCCAGUGGAGCAGGACUUGCCGUCCAAGAUUGCUGUGCCGGCAGGCAUGGGCAACGGCGACUUCAAGACACUUUGCCAGUCGAGCAAGUUUGCUCUGUGGGGCACACUGAUCGUCUUCUUGCUGGUGGGGGCUAGCAUGGGCGUCACCAUUGUCACGUGGAUAGCGGACAAGUGGGCGGCGCGGCAGCACAGGAAGGAGGUUGAGAUGGGCAACAUUCCGGCCAACCUGCCCUAGAUGGUGGGCGAGCGGUGUGCUAUCUGAGACGGGUGUUUAUGUAAGAGCUAGUUUGGUUGGGUCAGAAGCAAGUUUGGAUGUUUGGUAUAUCCCAGGGCGCAUCUUCAUGGGCGAGAGACAGGGGGCUGGAGGUUCUCUAUCAGGCGUACCGGCGUCUUAUUGGCGCGACAAGUCCCUUUAGGGCCGACGACGGGCAGGAUGCGUGUUUGUCGAUUGUACUUUUAUUCCGCAUACCGCAACAAAUGGAAGAGGCCGGAUGGCGC